CCGCUUGAAUCACACAACAACCUCUGCAAUGGCUCCUUCUUCCACUUUCGUCGGCCUACCCGUCAUCCCUCCACAAGACCCAUCGCUCAAUGCAGCAUCACCGAAACCUCGCGGAAUUCGAAAGGUCUUUGAGGCGCGAGAACAAGCCGAGGGAGCUGGCGCCACUGUGCGCCGGUCGAUCGGCACUCCUCAAUUGAAGAACUUCUCGCCGUUCCUGAUGUUGGACCACUUCAAUGUCGCCGUCGGCGCAGGCUUCCCAGAUCAUCCGCACCGAGGACAAGAGACGAUCACUUAUCUGCUUUCCGGAGCAGUCGACCACGAGGACUUUGCUGGCCACAAAGGAACGAUCGAAACCGGCGACUUGCAAUUCAUGACCGCCGGUCGCGGCAUCGUCCACGCCGAAAUGCCUCACGACAACGGCGACGGCAGCAGCAACGUCGGCAUGCAGUUGUGGGUCGACCUGCCCAAACAACUCAAGGACUGCGAGCCGCGCUACCGCGACCUCAAAGCCGCCGAGAUCCCCCAAGCCAAGACCUCCGACGGCAAAGUCCUGGUCAAAGUCAUCAGCGGCCGCAGCGAGGGCGUCGACAGCCUCCAGGAGCUCGCCUACACCCCCGUCUGGCUCCUGGACAUUGAGAUCCAACCCGGCGGGAAGAUCGCGCAGGCGCUCCCGGCCGGCUGGAACAGCUUCGCGUACAUCCUCGAGGGCGCGACGACCUUCGACACCGGCGCGACCAAGCAGGAGGUGCAGCAAUACCACAACACCGUCUUCGAGCAGCAGGGCGACCAGAUCGUCGCCGAGGUCCCGGCCGACGCGGUGCGGAGCUCCCGCUUCAUCCUCGUCUCCGGCAUGCCGCUCGAUCAGCCGGUGGUGCAAUACGGCCCGUUUGUCGUCACGGAUACCUCGCUCGUGUACAAGGCGCUCAGGGAUUACCAGUCGUUUUCGAAUGGGUUUGAACGGGCGAAGGAUUGGCAGAGUGAGAUCGGCAAGACGAUGAUGUGAUGAAUGAACGAGAACGGGUCGACGAUGAUUGAUUUGCCAUUAUGGCCUGAAUUGCUUUUUUUCUUUUGAUAUGAGAGUCUAUAGAUGAGUACCCGGACCAGCACAGUCCGUUAGCAUUGGGUGUUUUACAUUGUUGUACAUAGCAAAAAGAAGAAAUUUGACUCCAUUGUCACAAUUACAAGCGCUC